AUGCAAAUUAAAUCCGUUAGAUCAGCAUUAAUCACAAAUUACGAAGUUUUAAGGCUUUUAGAAGAGUCUCAAGAAGCACAAAAGCAAGUUCAAAAGCGUGAUACAUCUGUAGAAUACCCUGAACAUUUGCGUACAGUACAAUUUGAGCUUACGGAAUAUCUAAAAGAAACACCAUGCAGCACACAAACACCAGAACAGAUAUCCAAUUUCAUGGAAGCCAUCUCGAAAUUUGAGCUAACCAAAGCAGAAAAGCUACAAAUUUUGAACCUUAGACCCAAAAGUACAGUGGAAAUCUAUUUGCUCAUUGAAGAGUGCGAAGAGAGAUUCACAGAAGAGGACUUGGAAGAAAUGCUCUCCAGCAUCCUUCACACAUUACCACGAGAUGAUGAUUAUGAAGAGGAAGAAGAAGAGGAGGAGGAGGAGGAGGAGGCCAUGGAUGAAGAUUAA